AAAACUAUUUGUUGAAGACAAAUAACUCCCAACUCAGAUUUUACAGCCCCCAUUCAAAAAGCGGUGGGAUAUGGUGUAAAAUGUUAUUAAAAACUGAAUUUAGUGGUUUGUAAAUAAUUUAAACCCCAUAUUUAAGUGCACGUUAACAUUAUUAAGUUAACAUUAUUAUAUUAUUAAGUUAACAUUGUUUUUCUGUAUUUGGUUUUACUUUUUUGAGUAUUGCUAAACUUUUUUAGUGUCUUUUUGUCAGUGUCCAAACCUUUUGAAAGGUGUUUGCAUCAAGUUAUAAAUGGACAUAAACUGCAUUUCUAGUAUAAAAAAAAUAGAACAAUUUCAACAUUUGACAUGUUUUCUUUGCACUACAUAGGGUGAACGUGAUUUGCAAAUCAUCAAAAUAUGUUUUUAGCAAUAUUUUACACAACAUUUUUGGUAAUGAGGUUGAAAUUUUUCAUGUUUUUUUUCAAUUAUUUAAACGUCCCAUUGCUAGUAUUAACUCAGUAUAACACCACAGUCAAUAUUGGUUCAAAAGAAACUGGGUCAAAAGAUAUUUCUGGAGAAGGAACAUAGCACUUUUAAUUGACACUGUAAGUGUCAGGUCCAGUGUCUAAAAGUGCUAAAUUUAGCCAUACAGGCUUAUAUGUCCUAAGUAGGCUCUGGCAGAUUAAUGCUUUCUAAAAACAGUAAAAGGCAGAAAACAAAAGCACAGAAACUUGUCAAGUGAAGGUGUGCUUGUGUGUCACGUCACCAAAAGAGGGUGAAACUCACUGAGCAAUGCAUCACAGGCAUAAAAUGUUCAAACAAGGUGUGGCUGAGUGUAAACUUCAGUUUGCAUUUGACACACACUUAUACAUUUUUCUGCAAAGAUUUUGAAACAUCACCUGUAACUAUUUGACUCAAAAAAAAUUGUUAAUUGAGCUUUAUUACUAAACGUCUAUGAUUCGGACCAAGUUUAGAGAUAAGAUCCUGACAUGGAGGAAAUAGAAUACUUUUUUUGUUUGUUUUUUCUGUUUCAUUACAAUAUUUAUUAAAUGAUGCAAAUGUUUUUUUUUUUUCAUACAGCCCUUUACAACAACCCUUUCGGUGAACCAAAGUGCUUUAUAGUACAAAAAGUACAAUAUAGUUUCAAUAUUUUUAAAAACUAAUUUGAAAAAAAAAAAGGAACAAAUAACUAAAAACAAACCACAAGACACUAAAACAGGAGCCGAGUCUCACGCAGGGCUGAGAGCCAAUGAAUAAAAAUGGGUUAUAAGACGAGUUUUAAAAUAAAAAUGAAUAAAUAAAAACAAUAAAAAAAAAAAAGAAUAAAAAGCCAGCAUAAUGUAAUGAUGUAGGCUAUAAACCUUUCUGGGAGAAGUUGUUGUAUAAGUCAUGUAUUCUAACUAUACUAUACAGUCUAUAUGAUACAUCUAGUGUAAAAUAAGUCAUAUAAUUCCGACAUUAGCAGUCGUGAUGACACCAAAUUCAUCACCAUUUCGCUGUUCCCACCCACCUACUCCUCGAAGCAGUCCACAUUCUUCAGCCUACUCAUUAUUGUGUGUCGCAAUAUCUGCAUCGUAACCGUUUUCACAUGGAAAACGCCACAACAGCGCUCUCUAACACUCACUUACUUUCUGGUCUUUUCUGUAGAGGCGGGGCUUAUUUGACGCACCUGCGUAGCACACCUGAUUUCCGGAAGUGCCCUGACGUCAGUGAGAGAGGCGUUUGGAGGAAUGACAAAAAUCCUGUCCGACCUGAUUGGUGAACUCCUCAUAUAUAUAUAUUCCAGUUUGCUCUAGUCAACAGAAACAGUCAAGCUCUUCAAGUGACCGGAUCAAGCACUGUUCAGGCAGGUCGCUUUUCCUGCCAGAUUUGUUUAGUGGAAAAAUACUUUUUUCACCAUUUUUUUUAAAAAGAAGGAAACCACUCUUUAAGAUACACAAACAUGUCUCAUCAGUCGAGUAUUUUACCCGAUGAAGCGGCUUUUGCUGACUUUAAAAAACAGUGUUUAUCGGGUGGGAAUUGGUUGAACAAAUAUGAUAAGCAUGGGAUGCAAGUGUGGAUUGAAGUUCCUGCAUGCAAAGGGAAAAGCCCACAGAAAGUCCACAAAAUCAAGGUAAGUCAAACUAAUGGUACAAUCAUCGAAAGUUAUUCAUUUAGAUUAGGUGUUAUAUUCGACUCUGCUCUGUACUAACUGUUUUUAAUGUGUUUUUUUAAGUGUAAAAUGACAAUCAAAGAUGUAUCAGCCGCCACCAUGUACGACGUCCUUCAUGAUGGAAAAUACCGCAAAAAGUGGGACCCAACCAUGAUGGAGAGUUUUGACAUAGCCCGGUUGUCUUCUAAUGCUGAUGUGGGCUACUUCUCAUGUAAGGGCUCUAUUUAUAAUCUGUUGAAUGUUAUCAUAUCUAUUUUUCCUAUCUGUGUGUUUGUCUCAUGAGGUGACCUACCAGAAACCUGUUCUGUGUAGGCCUGACCCAGUUUCACCAAGAAAUACACUCUGACAAGACAUGCAUAUGUAAAGUUUUAAAUUUGUAUUUGGGGUUUUCUUUGAAACAGGUUGUAUAAGAAAAGUAUUUUUCAAGAUAGUGUUAAGUAAAGUCAUGUUACUUUUAUCUUUUCUUUAAAAGAAGUCUGUGCCAAUGUCCUUUGUGCGGUAAACAAAUGACAAUAUCUCACCUCGAGCACUAUGUUCUAUGAAGUAAAUGUUAACAGGAGGUAACAUGUAAAGGUUUCAAUUUGUAUUUGUACUUUUAAACAGGUUGUCAGAGAAAAGUAUUUUUAAGAUGGUGUUAAUUAAAGUCACACGUUACUUUUAUCCUUUUUCAAAGAAGUCUGUGCCAAUGUCCUUUGUGUGGUAAACAAAUGACAAUAUCUCACCUCGCACACUGUGUCCUAUGAAGUAAAUGCAAACAGGAGGUAACAUGUAAAGGUUUCAAUUUGUAUUUGUAUUUGUACUUUUAAACAGGUGGUUAGAGAAAAGUAUUUUUAAGAUAGUGUUAAUUGAAGACAUAAGUUACUUUUAUCCUUUUUCAAAGAACUCUGUGCCAACGUCCUUUGUGUGGUAAACAAACGACAAUAUCUCACCUCGCACAUUAUGUCCUAUGAAGUAAAUGCGAACAGGACUUAACAUCAAGCUUUUAUAUUGGAGUAACUCAGAAAUGUAAACAACUCUGCCGUUAUUUUCCCAUUAGCAGGCUCCUCUGUCCAUAUACAUGCUCAGACUAGUUUCUGUAGUUAAGUCAGCUAUGUUGUUUGUAGAGCUAUCCCUUCUUACUUGCAUUUCUGUUAUACCUUCAGUUGAUGCUCAAAGCCAUCAAAGCCCUAAGGGAUGGAAAAACAAAAAGGGGGUGUUGCCCCAUCAAGUGUAGUUACUGUCACAACACACUUGUUCAGUAGGAGGCUGUACGCUGUUGGAUAUCAAAUGAAGGAGGUCAAAAUACACAAACAAACUGGAGUUUUGUCUUUUUUCUUUCUGCAGGGCAUUGUCCAGCUCCCAUAACAAACAGAGAUGUUGUGAGUCUGCGUUCAUGGCGAGUAACAGAAGAAGAGUACAUCAUCAUUAACUUCUCAGUCAAACACCCGGUACGUUACUUCCUCAUCCACAUACCCCCAGGCACAUGUCAAACACUAGCUGUACAAUCUACCAUCCCAAUAUCUAUUAUACUUAUAAAUGACACUCAUUACUCUGCCAAAUUGUUGAUCCAAUUACAGAACCACCCUCCUCGCUCUAACUUUGUAAGGGCCAUUUCUAUCCUCACUGGCUAUUUGAUCAGGCCCACAGGACCAAACAGCUGUAUCUUUAUAUACCUGUCACAAGCUGACCCUAAAGGUAAGUCCAAAUACAAUAAAUAAAUCCUUAUUUCUCAUCUGAAAUUCCUGCUUAAUCAAGAUUAAAAACUCAUCUUAUUUUGCUCUAGGUGCCCUUCCUAAGUGGGUGGUAAACAGAGUGUCUCAAGCCCUUGCUCCAAAGGUAUGUAACAUAACAGCUGUUAUCUUUUCAAAAACAGUUUUGUUUACUUCCAGUUAAUGCAUGAACUGUGAACCAGUGUUUAAGAGAGUGUCUAUAAGAAGCAUGUUUGAGGUGUGUGCAUAUAAGGGAGGAAAGGUUUCAUGUGUCUUUUAAAGACAAUGGUAGCCAUAGAAACCCCAUUUAAGGGCCUGUCCUGGUAAGAUUGCUGACAAAGGAGUAUCUGAGCUCUAGCUUUUGCACUCUCCUGGCAGAACCCGUUCACCAGGUUUUCAAUCCUGCGCAUAUUGAAACUUUUCAAGUCAAAGUGUGACUGUGUGAGAGAAAGUGCUGUGGGGACUUGUGUCUUUUGACUCGGUAAAAACCUUGACCUUAAUUAUUUCUAGGAACUGACCUCUAGGGCUCAAAGACUAGGGCUUUAAAAGAUAACUUAAGUGUUCAAAAUGAGAGUGAACAUGCUACAAGCUUUGGUAGGGGCUCAUUUUGUAUCACUUUUUAACCUUGCGCUAAUUUCAGGCAUUGAAAAAGUACAAUUUCAAAAUCACAUCUUGUCGCUGGUGGCCUUGUUUGCUUUUUUUAUAUCACAAAAAGGCAUUAAUAUGAAUUUCACAGUAUUUUAUAAAUGUCAGACAACUCUUCAAGGAAGCUUUAAGAAACCCAGCAAAUAGAACAGAUUACCAACAGAGGUGGACUCCACUGUCCCUCGAGUUAUAUGUUGCUUACUGCCUGCACAUGCGCUUACUGGGCAAGGCAAAAGCAUUAGAGGACAUAGAAACCAAACAACCUUAACAAUAAUUACAGAUAUUUAAAAAGGGGAGAAAGCAUCCUUUAUGUUUAGGCUGUAGCAGACUUUGGGGCUUUUCAACAAAUAAUUGUUGAAAGUUUCUAUAUAUCUAUAAAACUUCUAUUUUGACUACUUCUAUCUAUAGUUGUUUAAUUAUAGAUCAAGUAUACAACUUAAAAUCAUUAACAUUUUCAUUUUUAAUCUUUUGGAAGUGCGCUGUGCUCAUGCUAACCCGCCAGAUCGUCCUGUCCUAUGUGACUUUUAACUCACUUUUAGAAUAGAAUAGAAUAGAAUAUUCCUUUAUUGAUCCCCCAUGGGGGAAAUUUUUUUGUCACAGCAGCAUCACAGACAAGACAGAAAGUGCAAAAUGCAGUUAUAACAAUAAGGGUCCUAAUAUUAAGAACUUAAUAAAUGUAAUAAUUAAGAAAAAAAAAAAAAAAAAAAAAAAAUUGAAAAGAGAAAAGGGAGAAGAAAAAAUAAAGCUUUCUGCAAUAUACACAAUUUAAAUGCCAUAAAAAAAGUGGUGGUGUAAAUCCAGUUUAACUGGUUUUAAGCAACUUUUUAAGGCUGCAUUUUAAGAGUUUGUUGGCUUUUAAGUUGAACUUUUUAUCGUGUGUCAGUCUCUCUCUACUGACAACUUGUGAGGGACGCUGGCAUAGCAAUUGUUUAGCACAGAAGUAGAGGACGAAUUGUUUCGGCUCUACGGCAGAAAUCUACAGACCGAAGUUCAAGAAUAAAACAAGGACACUGAGUGGGCAGACCUUUGCCAUGGCCGUAAGACCAGAUUUCUAUGAUAUGAGAAUUAUAACCAGAUAUGGUUGUUCCUGACUGAUCCCUCAAAUUGUAAUACAAAUUAAUACACUUUUAAAUGUGAACAUCUCAGGUUUACAAAUAUUGACUGUAUGUAGAGAACAGUGUCUUUGUCUUUUACUCUGUAUUCUGUGACCAUCUUUAAUUCUACUGAUGGAGAAUGAAGGUGUGGUUUACUCUUUAACAUCAAUCUCUUAAUUGCGUCCCCUUUCUGUCCGCUCCUUCCAGGUGAUGAGGUGUGUACACAAGGCAGGUCAGGACUACCCAGAGUGGAAACGACAAAACUCCCCAGACCACAAGCCCUGGCUGUACCCAGAACAGAACACCCUGCCCAUGAUGGACCCCGGCCUACUGUCCAUACAGAGGGCAGAGUCGCUGGAGAACGUGGAUGAGAGCUCCAAGUUGGAUGCUAAUGACAGUGAGGACAGUAGCUAAAUCUCAUCCCAGAGCCAGGAGGUAGGGCGAGGGAGGGACCCGGGGAAGGACUCUUAAACUAACAAGACUUUAAAACCUCCAACUCUCAGUGAUGUCGCUCUGAAAUAAUGAGAAUAAUUCAGCAUUUUUCCAAACCAGUGUGCCUUAAUGGAUGAGCAAGAGCAUGAAGUGUUUACAGCUGUCCCAGCAGACAGAAAUGAGCACAGAUCAAGUUGCCAUUCACCUCAGACCAAGUUGUACUAAGCUCAGAAUCUCUUCAGUGUUCGCCUCCAUGCUUUUUUAAUGUUGGUUUUUACAGUGCAUAAGAGGUGUUGGGGUUAAAAGUGUCAAAGAUACAGCACUACUUUUACUGUAGGUCCUUCUUUCAGGACGUUUUUUUUAGUUGCAGCUAUUUAAAAAUACACACGAACAAGUUUGAAAUGAAUAUAAGCGUAGAUGUCCACUUGUUGCUUUUUGGAUAUGAUUUGUUAGAGUACAUUGGCUCUGUGUGUUGUGAAAACAGAAGUACCGGUAAUAUUUUAUUUUUGUAAAGAUUUAUUACAGAUUGAAAACAUAUUGGAAACUCUGUAGAGGUUAUUCAUAUGUUUGAGGUUGACUGUCCAAUGAAAAACAAGCUUUAAAACGCUCAUAAAAUGGUUGUUUGUAAAAUCACGUACAUUUGGCCUGUUACACUGAUAGGAAUUGGCUUUGUGUGGGUAAACAUAAACCUUCACUAUAACUUCAUUUAUUACUUUGUUUCUGAAUGUGAACAUUUUAUUGGUUUUAGCAGGACAGUGUGAAGGUUCAUCGUAUUUAUUUAAAUAUACCCCUAUCCUUAUUUUAAGUUAUUCGGAUCUCAGACUCACACUAGAUCUCAAGGAGGGAUCUCAAGGAGACCAGUGGUUGGUCUGAGGAUCUACUGUAGUUAGGUUAUGUUAAAAGGAAAUUUACAAGCAGUUUGCAUAUUGUGCUUUGAAUAUCACUCAACCUGAAGGACUGGAAUGACAAUGAAGAAUGACAUUUGUCUUUUUGAAGUAACCGUAGGUUUGAAUGAAGAAAAGACACUGGAGAUAAGCUCUGUAGACUUUUGUGUGGUUUCUCUUCUGACUGCCCAAUGUGAAGGUUCUUUUUGACAAUAUUUGACAUCAAGAAUGUUACAUGGCCUUGACUUUUUCAGAAAAUAAAACCAAACUGGUUUACACGUUGUGCCAUUUGUCAUUGUCAUCUUCGG